CUCCAUUGGCUGGCAAGACGGGGACACGCGGGAGGAGAGUCGGAGCUUCGCAAUGAAAUUUUAAUUAAUGUGGGUGGGCUGAGAACACAACGAGUGUUUAUGAUGAACAAUUUAUUUUCCAGUGCAAAGUCAACAUAAAACAGCAAAACGUACAACAAUUAUUUAACCAUUUUUUGGACUCAUGAGUCUGGGACGCAGCGGGAGACGGUCACUCCAUGAGCAGCUCUUUCCCUGCAGGCUGAAGUUCCUUCAGAGAAAGUGGAGCUUUCCAGCGUGAUGACUCUGUACCACAGCCGGUUGCCGCAGCUCGGUGUGCCCCCGUCGGCACAGAUCCUCUCCAACCCCUCGCUGAUUUACUUGUACGGAGGUGAUAGCGGGGGGCUUCUUCCAGCUUUGAGCUUUGUUCCGUCUCGACAGGAGCUUCCACAAAAACCACCGUACAGCUACAUUGCCCUCAUCGCUAUGGCCAUCAAGAGCGCACCGGACAAGCGCGCCACUCUGAGUGGCAUUUAUCAGUUCAUCAUGGAUCGUUUCCCGUUCUACCACGACAACAAGCAGGGGUGGCAGAACUCGAUCCGCCACAACCUCUCUCUAAACGACUGUUUCAUAAAAGUACCGAGAGAGAGGGGCCGACCGGGUAAAGGCAGCUACUGGACGUUGGACACCAAGUGUCUGGAUAUGUUCGAGAACGGCAACUAUAGACGGAGGAAGAGAAAGUUAAAAGGCCCGGAGGCUGAGUGCAAACCAUGUCACAAGAGGAACAGGGCCAAAGGACCGGAUCAAUCAGACCCUCCAGGACCUAAACCCCGUGUGGAUUCUCAGGUGAGGACAGGGGCCCCCGGCGGAGAGAGAACAGUGAUGGACACAGAGCGGGAGCAGCGGGAGAACGACCACAAUCAACAACGGGGGGCAGAUUUCAAGCAUGUCCUCGGUGAGUUUAACAACGUUGGUGCAUAUCAAAUCGCCACUGUACAGGGAAAGAACACAACAGUUCACGAUAAGAUUACUAGGUUGGUUGGACCAACUCGGGAAAUGAAUGGGAUUCAGUGGUCAGAUGCCCAACCUAGUCCAUAUAGCGCACCUGGCCAGGAACAACCUUGCUUGGACAAAAAACAUAUUUUAGGAUCCUCUUCAUUCCGCUUGUGUGGAACAGACGACAGCCGCAAAUUAGCGUUCAACGAAAGGGAAAACGGUGGUCCUCCAGUCCUAUCCAGUUGCCCAGGAAAUAUUAAUUCAUUUGUUGGAGACAGGAUCAAUGGGAUUAUUCCGGUGAGCCCCAGCAGAGCUACAGACAAAUCAAAUUGUUUUAGUAUCGAUAGUAUUUUAUCCAAAAAAGCAGACGUGACUCACAGAUGCGUUCCAGGUGAGACUACCGAAACACGCGCGGAGCCUCAAAACCACGCGUACAGUUCGUCCACACGCGCGCAUCAACUUUACCAAAUGGGAUUUCCGCUCUGCUCUUACCUGUCACUCACGUGCCCAGAGAAGGUGAUAUAUUUCAAAUGAUGAAAACGACGAUGUCAGGAAAAUAACCCUACCUGCAUGCAUAGGUUUAUUCGUUUGUGCUAGACAAUACAUUUUGAUGUUUUUCAGUUUUCCUGAGAGUCUAUACAUAUGGUCGAUGUGUUUUGCCUAUGAUAAUAGCCUACUCGUUAUGAAAAUGGUAUAAAUGUUAAUAUUAUAAUUAUUAAUAGUGAGAACGAGACUACAACAACUGUGACAACGAUUAUUAUUAUUAUAGUUCAUUUUACUAUAGAUGGCAUAAUAAUGUUAUGAUAAGCAUAUUCACAGUAAUACAAUGCACAUGAAUAAUACAUGUGACUGUUGCAAUUAUUAUUGCAAUUAUUUUUGUUAUCAUUAUAAUUGUUGUUACCAUUACAAUUCAUGUGUUAUUAUAAGGUCAUGGUUUAAUGUGUGACGAUUCCAGUGUUCUGAGACAGAAAGGUCCUAGAGAUCAGAGAUCACAUGGACCUCGGAUGUUGCUUUUACCAAAUGUAAAUGUUUAUGAACACCAGGGAUUGUUACACAUCUGCCUGAUCUCAUUCUGUUUCCUGGAACUUUUGUUUCUGUUGUAAAAUGUGGCUUUUCAGAAUUUAAAUCCUGAAGUGACCAGAAUGUUUCAAAUGAUUUUGUAGGUGAAAAUGUAUAUGUGUCUAGUGCAUAUGUGCAAAAAUAAAGGCAUGACAGCGUAAAGAAUGUUUAGAAAUACAAGGGGCCUUCAAAGUUGUCUCCACAAGGCAUCAUGUUUUUUUAGUGACAAAGUUUGGUUGUCAAUGACACCUGC